AUGCAAUUAACGGAAUCGGAAAGAGCUGAAAUUUUGAGAGCCGUUCAACGAGAUGAAAAUUUCAAAGAGCAACUCUCUCAAGAUUCAUCAGAACUUUUACAAUUGAUUUGUGGAAUAAGAAAAUGGAUUAAAUAUAAAGAUGCAGUUCAAACUGCUACUAAAAUUUUGUAUGAUUCUCUUACGACAAUGUUAAACUUACAAACUUUGGGCGAAGAAUUUACUGGAAUUGUACAAGUUAAUAAUUCGAGAAGUGCACUACCUGAUAAAUAUCUUCAGUUUUUGUCUAUAAUUUUUAGCAAUUGUGGAAAUCAUUUGAUUAAUGAUUUUAUCGAAAGUAGUUCAGAAAUGAUUAAAUUAUCAGAUGAUGAACAGUUUUUUUUAUUAUCAAAAAUUCAAAUUCUGAAAUUUUUAAAUGUAUUAAAAGUUUUUUUGCCAUUAAUAAUCAAGGGUCACAUAGCAUAUUUUUACAUGAAUGGAAGUUUUUAUCAUAUUUCUAAGCGUUUAACUGGCAUUAAAUAUGCUUUAAUUAGGUAUUGGUUAAAAGACAAAUUGUCUAUUUUUUCUUUCAAGCUAAUUGGAAUAGUUUCUUUUAUUUGCGUUUUAUUAAAUUUUUUUUUCACAUUGAUGAACCUUAAAGAUUUUGAUGUUCAAAAAGAGGAUGCGAAUGUUACCAAAGAUUCGAAAGAAAUAAUAACAGUUACAAAUAAAUGUCCUUUGUGUCUUAAUAUUAGAAAAAAUACAAGUGUGACUCCCUGUGGUCAUUUGUUUUGUUGGUCAUGCAUAAUAUCAUGGUUACAAUCGCAGGCUAAAUGUCCACUCUGCAGGCAGAGUGUUCAGCCAUCGAGAGUUGUUUUUAUUCUUUUAAUAGCAAAUGAAUCUGUGAGGUGGAAUCAUUAUAAGUCGUUAGGAUUAACUCCUUCUGCAUCUUUGACUGAUAUAAAAACGGCUUACUAUAGAUUAUCCAAAAUACAUCAUCCAGAUAGGAAUAAUGGAUCUGCAACGAGUGCACAAAAAUUUAGAGAUAUAGUUUCAGCUUAUGAGGUUUUGAGCAAAAGUGAUUCAAGGAAAAAAUAUGACAAGGAAAUAUUUCAAUCAAGUAAGUAUCAUUUAAGAAGUGAAUGUAAACAUUAA